AUGGGCAAAGGGUGUGGUGCCGAGAGUGGAGGAAAAAGGAAGAAGAAGGACAGGGACUUGGAUGAGCUGAAGAAGGAGGUGUCCUUGGAUGACCACAAAUUAUCUAUAGAUGAUCUGGGAAAACGCUAUGGACUGGACCUCUCACGGGGCUUGACCAGUGCCAGAGCUUUGGAGAUUCUGGCCAGAGAUGGUCCAAACGCCCUGACCCCUCCCCCCACCACCCCGGAGUGGGUCAAGUUCUGCCGUCAGCUGUUCGGCGGCUUCUCCAUCCUGCUCUGGACCGGUGCCAUCCUCUGUUUCCUGGCCUACAGCAUCCAGGUGGCCACUGAGGAUGAGCCGGUCAAUGACAACCUGUAUCUGGGUGUGGUGCUGGCAGCAGUGGUGAUCAUCACUGGUUGUUUCUCCUACUUCCAAGAGGCUAAGAGCUCAAAAAUCAUGGACUCCUUCAAGAAAAUGGUGCCACAGCAAGCGGUGGUGAUACGUGAUGGGGAGAAGAUGCAGAUAGAUGCUGAGCUUGUGGUGCAGGGAGAUCUGGUAGAGAUCAAAGGGGGAGACCGCACCCCAGCUGACCUUCGAGUGAUCUCCUCCAGCGGAUGCAAGGUGGACAACUCCUCUCUGACGGGAGAAUCAGAGCCUCAGACUCGCUCCCCGGAGUUCACCCACGAAAAUCCUCUGGAGACCCGCAACAUCUGUUUCUUUUCCACCAACUGCGUAGAGGGUACUGCCCGUGGCAUUGUUAUAGCCACUGGAGACCGCACAGUGAUGGGUCGUAUCGCCACACUGGCCUCUGAGCUUGAGGUCCGUCGGACUCCCAUCAACAUUGAGAUUGAACAUUUCAUCCACAUCAUCACUGGUGUGGCUGUCUUCCUCGGUGUUUCCUUCUUCAUCCUGUCACUCAUCCUUGGCUACACGUGGCUGGAGGCCGUCAUCUUCCUCAUUGGCAUCAUCGUGGCAAACGUGCCAGAAGGGCUGCUGGCUACUGUCACUGUGUGUCUGACUCUCACUGCCAAGCGUAUGGCCAAGAAGAACUGCCUGGUGAAGAACCUGGAGGCCGUAGAGACACUCGGCUCCACCUCCACCAUCUGCUCCGACAAGACGGGCACACUGACCCAGAACCGCAUGACCGUGGCCCACAUGUGGUUCGACAACCAGAUCCAUGAGGCGGACACCACUGAGGACCAGACUGGUUCAGGUUUUGAUAAGAGCUCUGCUACUUGGGCUGCUCUGUCUCGCGUGGCUGGCCUGUGCAACAGAGCUGAUUUCAAAGCUGGACAGGAGGACCUUCCCAUCUUGAUGAGGGACACAGUGGGAGAUGCAUCAGAGUCAGCUCUGUUUAAAUGCAUCGAGCUGUGCUGUGGGAGUGUUCGUGACAUGAGAGCCAGAAACACCAAAGUGGUAGAGAUCCCCUUCAACUCCACCAACAAGUACCAGCUCUCUAUCCAUGAGGUGGAGGACAAUCCCUCUGGAUAUAUUCUGGUCAUGAAGGGAGCACCGGAGAGAAUCCUGGACAGGUGCGGCACCAUCAUGCUCCAUGGCCAGGAGUAUCCGCUUGAUGAAAACUGGAAAGAUGCUUUCCAAAAUGCCUACAUGGAGCUGGGAGGACUGGGAGAGAGAGUGCUCGGCUUCUGCCACUUUAAUUUGCCUCCAUCCCAGUUCCCUCGAGGAUACACCUUCGACGCUGACGACAUGAACUUCCCUACCGAGCAGCUCUGCUUCCUGGGUCUCAUCUCCAUGAUUGAUCCACCGCGUGCUGCUGUGCCUGAUGCAGUGGGUAAAUGCCGCUCUGCUGGCAUCAAGGUGAUCAUGGUAACCGGGGACCACCCAAUCACGGCCAAGGCCAUUGCUAAAGGUGUGGGCAUCAUCUCUGAGGGCAACGAGACGGUUGAGGACAUCGCUGAGAGACUGAACAUCCCUCUGAGCCAAGUUAACCCCAGGGAUGCCAAGGCUUGCGUGGUACACGGCUCGGACUUAAAGGACAUGAGUUCGGAGUACCUGGACGACCUGCUGAGGAACCACACUGAGAUAGUGUUUGCUCGUACCUCUCCUCAGCAGAAGCUCAUCAUAGUGGAGGGCUGCCAGAGACAGGGGGCGAUCGUGGCUGUGACAGGCGACGGCGUGAACGACUCUCCGGCCCUGAAGAAAGCCGACAUCGGCGUUGCCAUGGGGAUCGCCGGCUCUGAUGUGUCCAAGCAGGCGGCUGACAUGAUCCUGCUGGACGACAACUUCGCUUCCAUCGUCACGGGAGUGGAGGAGGGUCGUCUGAUCUUUGACAACUUGAAGAAGUCCAUCGCAUACACACUGACCAGCAACAUCCCCGAGAUCUCGCCAUUCCUCUUCUUCAUCAUCGCCAACGUUCCUCUUCCACUGGGAACGGUCACCAUCCUCUGUAUCGACCUGGGCACUGAUAUGGUUCCAGCUAUUUCAUUAGCUUAUGAGACAGCGGAGAGUGACAUCAUGAAACGGCAACCCAGGAACCCCAGGACAGACAAGCUGGUCAAUGAACGCCUCAUCAGCAUGGCCUAUGGACAAAUAGGUAUGAUCCAGGCUCUGGCUGGUUUCUUCACCUACUUUGUGAUUUUGGCUGAGAACGGCUUCCUCCCUGCGUUCCUGGUGGGCAUCCGUAUCAGUUGGGACAACCGUAAUGUUAAUGACCUGGAAGACAGCUAUGGGCAGCAGUGGACCUACGAGCAGAGGAAGAUUAUUGAAUUCACCUGCCACACCGCCUUCUUCGCCAGCAUCGUAGUUGUCCAGUGGGCCGAUCUUAUCAUCUGCAAGACCAGGAGGAAUUCCCUCUUUCAGCAGGGCAUGAAGAAUCGAAUCCUGAUCUUUGGCAUGUUUGUUGAGACUGCUCUGGCUGCCUUCCUCUCCUACUGCCCAGGAAUGGACAUUGCGUUGCGCAUGUACCCCAUGAAGAUCCCUUGGUGGUUCUGUGCUUUCCCUUACAGUCUUCUCAUCUUCAUUUAUGAUGAGAUCCGUAAAUUCAUUCUGAGGAGGAGCCCUGGAGGUUGGGUGGAGCUGGAGACGUAUUAUUAACAUUCAGAAAAUGUCAGUUUGAAUCGUGUGUCUGAGAGUGUGAGUGUGGGUGUAUGUGUUCAUGUGUGUUUGUGCUUGCUUGUGAGGGUACAUCUGUGUGUGUGUGGGUGUGUGUGUGUACGUGUGUCUGUCAGUUGUAACAUUGCAUGGAUCAGUUCACAAAUCUGAUUGUCAUAAAAAUACUGCUGAAAAUAAGCUUUUGAUUGUGCUUUGAGUUUUUUGUUUUGUUUUCCCAGAAGACAUUUCCAGCAGAACAAUAGUAAUGUACACCUCCGUGCCUUAGAUAAGCUGUUAUCAAAGUGAUGUAUCAUGGCCUAUUUUGGCUAUAGAGGAAUACCAAAAUGACGUCCACUAUAUAUAAUGUACCAAAUAAAAUGUAUUCCAAAAUA